AACUUAAUAUAAUUUUAUACUAAAGCUGGUAUAAAGUUAAGACACUUAUUUUAGAACGGAGGGAGUAUAAAGUGGCUUGGGGGACAUGUGUAGAUGGACAGGAUAGGAUGAACUAACGAGUUUUUUCUUCUUUUGUAUGAGGGAGUCAGUCAGUCAAGGACGAAAAAGUGUGGAUGUAGACAAAGAAAAGGAAACAAUCCCCAGAAAAUCAUCAGGAUUGCAAGGCGAGCGAACCGUGCCCGUCCAAACAAGACUUGAUACCGAAUUAUUGGACAUGAUACUGGAUUACUGAUGAUGCUGAUAGAGUGAUAGUGAUGUCGUCUGCAGCAGCUUGAUGAGGACUCGUCGCCGGCCAGGCCAGGUCGUGGCACAAAUAAAGAAGGAAGCAGAAAAUACUGGUAAGACGAGUGGCGACGAAGCUGAAGCUGAAAGUUGUGUAUGUCUUCUCCGUUGGAAGAUAAGAGACAAAGAGAGCAGGAGAGGACACGCAUACGUUGCAAAGCCAGACAUUUCUUGUGUCUUCCGAACUUGCAUUUUUUCUUUUCAAGCAAGAGCAUAUAUGUACAUAUAUAGCUCCAAAUAAUCAAGACAGUGUCAUCACCUCAGUUUGGCAAAACGAAAUCUAAGAGGGCCGGAGCAGGGUACGAAGGACCGAUCCGUUCCAUUGCCUUGACUGUAUCAUGUCUGAAUCGGAUGAUUGAGGACGCAUGCAGGUGGCACAAGGAAAAGAGAUAAAAGAAAGGAACGCUCACAGGUGGCGACCAAGCCAAGCUGAAAGCUGCGUCUGAGGACAGACACGCAUCAAGUUUCAAAGCAUACCCCGUUUUCAUCUCCUCUUCCUCCUUUUUUUUUUCAAACCAAAAGCAAAAGCAGAGCAGAAGCUUCAGUUUAACACAGACAAAUUAUUAGUCUAGUUGUGCGGCUUUGGCCCAACACAAGUACACCCUCAACAUUCUUCUUCUUCUUCUUCUUUAUUUAUAUGCAAUAUCUGCAGUCAAAGUGUUUCGGAACACGAGCAUAGCAUAGCAUGCGCGCGCCCCCAUGUCCUCCUCUGCUCUCCCCUUCUUCCUCUUCUUCUUCUUCUUCUUCUUGCACCUCCUGCUGCUUCCACCAUGCUGCGUCUGCUGCUCCCGGCACCUCCUCCUCCACGCCGGCGCCGGCGCCAACUCCUCCUCCUCGCUGGCGGACAUGCUCCAGGUCACCCACGGCGGCGCCAACGGCAGCGUCACCGACGGCCUGAGGCGCUACCUGGCGCGCUUCGGCUACGCGUCCUCCGCGCCUGACGACGCCGACGGCCGGGUCGUGGUGAGCCUCUACCAGUCCACCCUCGGCCUCCCCGUCACCGGCCGCCUCGACGCCCCCACCCUCGACCUCCUCGCCACCCCGCGCUGCGGCGUCCCGGACCUCCAACACAGCUCCCAAGCGAACGCCACCGCCACCGCCACCGCCCGCUUCGCCUUCUUCGACGGCCAGCCGCGGUGGGCGCGGGCGCCGGGCCACUUCCUGCUGACCUACGCCGUGCUCUCCACCCCGCCCUACCAGCCCCUCCCGCUGCCCCGCAAGGCCGUGCGGGGGGCCUUCCGCGCCGCGUUCGCGCGCUGGGCGCGCGUCAUCCCGGUGCGGUUCCGCGAGACGCGGGACUACAACACGGCGGACGUCCGCGUGGGGUUCCUCGCCGGCGACCACGGCGACGGCGAGCCCUUCGACGGGCCGCUCGGCGUGCUCGGCCACGCCUUCUCCCCGCCCAGCGGCCAGCUCCACCUCGACGCCGCCGAGCGCUGGGCCGUCGGGGACCUGGACGCCGCGGGCGCCGGCGCCGUCGACCUGGAGUCGGUGGCCACGCACGAGAUCGGCCACGUGCUGGGCCUCGCGCACUCGUCGGCCCCGGACGCCGUCAUGUACCCGAGCCUCAAGCCGCGGACGCGCAAGGCGGAGCUCACCCUCGACGACGUCCGCGGCGUGCAGGCGCUCUACGGCUCCAACCCGCGCUUCAGCCUCAGCUCCCUCUCCGAGCCCGACACCUCCUCCGCCUCCGCCUCCGCCCCGGCGGCGGCCAUCACCAGGUCGCCCGGGAAGAAGACGACCAUCGUCCUGCUCCUGCUGCUUCUCUGCUAGCUUGAUCAAGGUCUUCUUGAGCUGGGUAGGUAGAAUGGUACGUAGAUAGAUAUACACUCUGUACUCUACACAUGGGUAACACGACACGUCGUAAAUUAGUUGGUUGGAUUUGAGAGAGGAACUGAUGGCCGAUCAGGGUUUUAUCAGGCAGGCAGGUACGUUGGGUCGAUCGAUCGAUCGAGUUCCUCGUGAAUUUGGGAGCUGGCUUUGAAUUGAAGAAACGGUUUUAUAUUUAUAUAGUGCAAGAAUGGAAAGAAAAAAAAGAAGAAAAUUUGAAAAGCACAAGUCAAGCAUGUCGUCGUCCUUUGUUUGUGAAGCAAACAUGACAUCUUUCUUUUCUUCUCUUCUUGGUUGAUGGACAGGUGGUUAAUGAUGAGCUGAGCAUGGUUUGAUUCUGGAGAAGAAAGUUGCUUAGGCCUCCUUUGAUUCAUAGGUUAGGAAUAUCAUAGGAAUAGAAUAUUUUUUAGAAAAAUGAGAUGUCAUGUAUUUCAAAUCCUAUGUAAUGGAUUAGGACGGGAGACAUGCAUCCUUUGGUUCACAUCAUGGGAUUUUUCCUA